AUGGCUAAAGAGAAGGAGAAGUAUAUCAUUGGAGGCAAUCGGGGCCUCCUCCAUCCAGGUCCCGAUGACCUUGCAAAGCUCGAGCAAAUUGAGUCGUCGACGAGGUCGGCUACUAAGAAGGAUAAGUUUCGUCGACAUUGCAGACGAUUUUGGCUUUGCUACUUGAUCGGCAAUGUCAUCUUCUUAGCUAUCUUCUUGCCUGUUUUCUUCCUAGUUGCUAUUCCAGCCAUUGCACAGCUUGUUGUCAACAAGUCGAACCUGGUGGUGGUCAACGCAGAAGUGAUGCAUCCAACGCCAGAUACGGUACAGAUGACGCUAGCAGCAAAGGUGGACUUGAAGAUUGCACUGGGCGUUCGUAUUGAGCCUGUCAAAUUCUACACCUUUGUUCGAAAAUAUGGACACGAAAACUCUUGGGGAGCAAUUGAUAUCCCUGGACAAACGAUCAAGGGGAACUAUACUUUGGGAGUCACCGACCAACACAUACCAAUCCUGAACGCUACUACCUGGCAAUCGUUUGUCCACGACACUGUAUUCAAGAAAGAGACAAUCCUGUCACUUUACGGUGUCACCUAUGCAUAUUUGGGCGUCUUGAAAAAUCACAUCACCUUGGAUAAAGACGUAACUAUACCAUCAUUGAAUAAAUUCGAGGGGUUCUCUAUUGCCGAUACUACACUCAUGCUCCCAGCACAAGACGACGGAACUAACCUCAUCGCCAACCUAACCCUUCCAAAUCCAACCGCCCUCUCCUUCGAAGUCGGCACCAUCACACUCGAUCUCAAGAGCGGAGAUACAGACCUCGUCAUCGGCAACGCAACAGUCGACAACGUGACCCUCCGACCAGGAAACAACACAUUCCCACUGAAAGGAGUCCUCGACCUCAAAACAGUAAUAUCAAACCUGACAGAAGUGAUCGCCUCCCAAAGCUCCUCUCUCAUGAACGGAAAACUAGCCCUAACAGCAAUGACCCGAACAAUUAUCUCAAAUGGCACGUUGAUUCCAUAUUACACCAACGUCCUCGGCCAGCUACCCCUAGUAGCAAACGUUGGAAUUGGCGACGUACUCAAAAACACCCUGGGCUACCUAGGUUCCAACCCCAAUCUGAAUCUGACCGGUGCGCUUUCAGGCCUCACCGACGAUCUUCGGAGGCGCGGGCCAGCUGGCAACAGUAUCGCUUUCAACCGGAUUGCAAGUCUGAAACAGAAUAAGCAUGUUCAGAAGGUCUUUGAGGAUGAGGACGAUGAUAAACGAGAUGCGAUGAUAGAUUCUUUGGCGAGAUAUUAUGCUUCUUUAUGA